AUGGACUUGUUUGUGGAUUACUUGGAUUCCCAGCUACAGUGUCCGGAGGACUAUGAGUCGCUAGUGUCGCGCGAGGAAUCGCAAGGUUCUGUGAAGUCUCACCUGAAUAAGUUGAUUUCUGCGGCCAGUGAUGCAGCAAAGGCGUCAAAUCUGUUGCCUACGGACGACGAUUAUUCCAUUCAUGUGAAUAACCCCGCAUUCUCAUCGCGUCUGUCUUGGCUGUCGACGAAGUGUGCUGAAGCCUUCUAUAGCGUUGAACCGCUGUUUCGCAAGAUCGAUAUAGACGAAUACGACGAUUUGUGGUCUUAUCAAGCCAUGGAUGCGUUAUCGGAGGAGAUUUACCGGGGACUGAGCGCCCAUCACAACGAUCCCAUCCAGCGUGUCUCGGCCUUCCGGCGGGACAAGGGCAAGAAAUCUAAGCGGAAGGUGCCGGCUGGAGGCAUCUCCACUACGCAAUCGCCAGAUCCGCCAGAGCGUCGCCUGCAGUGUGACACCGAGGCUCGCCUGGAGCAGCUACCGCUGGAGAUCAAUGUCAACCAGUACAAGCGCGUGCGUAAGCACCGGCAAUCCCAAUGGGCGCACUUGAUCGACAACUUCAGCCUGCGUCUGCUGUCCCACGCUGAGCGCCCGAAAUUCAACUCAAUUGAGCCCUGCGCCACCACCAAUGGGAAACGUUCGGGGCCGGAUGCCCCUGCUAAAUCUGACCUCGCCGUUGAGCAUCGCUUCGUGCCCAUGAUCUACCCGUCCCACCAAUAUUUCGAGAAUUACCAGGGCAACAAGCCCCGUGCGGCUAUUUUACCGCACCCGUAUACGACCGAGAUAUACGCCCUCGAGUGGAGCGACACAACGCAGGAACAUUCUCACCGCGGGCGCAAGACCCUUGGCGGCGGCAGCCUUCUGGACCCCAAUGUCAACAUUCGCGGGCCGUCGACACCCUGCGAGAAUUGCAGGAUGGUUCAGACUUUGCAGGAGCUGGAGAGCAUGAUAGCCACCCUCAAGGGCUGCAGCAUCAUCGCCGUGGACGUUGAACACCACAGCGGCCAGAGCUUCCGCGGUUUCGUGUGCCUGGUUCAGAUAACAGGUGCUGGAUUAGACUGGGUGAUUGACCCUUUUGGCAUCUUCGAUGAGAUGUGGCGUUUGAAUGAGGUGACCACGGAUCCUCGCAUCCUGAAGGUGAUGCACGGUGCGGAGAGUGACAUCUUGUGGCUUCAGCGUGACUUCGGCGUAUACGUUGUAAACUUGUUCGAUACCUUAAAGGCGUCCGACGUGCUCUGCCUUCCUGGUGGGCAUUCCCUCUCGUCAUUGGUGAAGCAAUUCCUGGGCAUCCACUUGGACAAGUCAUACCAGUUGGCAGACUGGCGGAUCCGCCCGAUCCCGAAUGACAUGUUGAACUACGCGAGCGCCGACACCCACUACCUCCUGGACCUGUACAGCGCCCUGAAGAACCGCGCGCUUGAACUUGACGCUGAGAAGGCAGCCGGCGCAAUCGGCUGUGCGGACAACCGCAUCCAACGCAUCAUGUUCAGAAGCCGCAAAGUUAGUCUAUCUCAGUACAAGGAGCCAGCUUUCAACGAGGUAGGACGUAGCCUGCAGGCAUUGAAAAAGUGUCGCCAAUCUCUCCAGCGGGUCGAUCACCUGUCGCUCAACAUCAUUAUGAACCUGAUGUCGUUGCGCAACUACGCCGCUAGAGUUUUGGACGAAAGCGAAUGGUACGUGUUGUCCGACUACGGUGCCGUUGCGAUGUCAAUGGCGGGUGAUGCAAAGAACAGCAGCGAGGUGUUCCUCAGAUCGGCGGCCAAGCGCAUGAACAUGCUUCAGCACGAGAUCCCCUACGUGGUGAAGCUGCGCAACACCCUGAAGGAUGCGUUAAAUUGGAUAGAAACUACAGGCACAGUAUUGUCGGAGCCGGUACCGUUGUCAACUGUUAUGGACAAGAUGCGUCAGCCAUCGCCAAGUCCCUCUCUUCCUGAGAAAGCCAGUGAUGUUGUGACGGAUGUGAAGACCAGUAAACCAAAGCGUAGUGACAAACCACGUCACCGCCGUGGGUCCCGUACUCUAAGGGGUAAGGAUGUGAAGAAUCGUGGACGUGGUCCCAAGGCACCCAGCUCCACGAGUGGUACUGUCGUGCCUAAAGAAGGCAGUGGAUCGGUCGAUGCUCCCGCCAGCAAUGUUGGUGCUCAAGCGUCGGGCAAUGCUCCGGUACCGUCUGCCAAUGACGUGAAUUCGAGCUGGGAGACAGUCGACAAUGACAGAGCGCCUUCCAACGAGGUUAACACCCAAGUGGUAUCCGAAAACGUGGCACAGCCAGGCUCAGACAAAAUGCCAGAAGUGCCAGUGAAAGAGGCUGCAAGUGUUAAAGUUGCCGAAUCGGGUGCAAAGUCAUCGAAGCAGCGACGACCGAGGCGCCGCGUACGGCGCACUAAGCCCGCACAACCUGCAGCGGCGGAUGCGCCUGAUGCCGCCACGCAGACUGCUCCCGUUACGGCAAAGGUGAACAAGGGCGAUGGUACGGGUAAAGGAGCUAAGAAAGCAAAACCCAAGCAAAGGAAGAAUAAGGGUGCACCAAAGCAGGCAGCAAAAGGUGAGUUAGACAAGGACGCCGUCAAGCCAGCCGAGACGGAUAACACCACGGCUGAACCCAAAUCCGAAGUACCGGCUAAGACCGCUGGCGCCGGGCAGAAUCGCCAUCGUCGUAGGCGUCGACGACGUCCGUCGGCUUCAGCGACCACGGCAGCUGCAGCGGGGCCAGUCCAGGAUUCUACCGCCACCGCCGCUACACCUCCUCCUUCGUAG